AACAUCGUGGAAACGAUGUUCCAGAUGCUCGAGAAGUAUUCGAACAACCUGGAAGACCUGAUCAGGGAACGCACUGUUCAGCUCGACGAAGAGAAGAAGAAAACCGAACAGCUGCUCAACCGCAUGCUUCCCAGUUCCGUAGCUGAAACCUUGAAGGCAGGCCUGCCCGUGAUUCCCGAGAAGUUCGAGGAAGUGACGGUCUACUUCAGCGACAUCGUGGGCUUCACCACCAUCUCGGCCUACAGCGAGCCCAUGGAGAUCGUCGAUCUGCUCAACGAUCUCUACACGGCCUUUGACUCCACCAUCAAUCAUUACAACAUAUACAAGGUGGAGACGAUCGGCGACGCGUACAUGGUGGUGGGCGGGCUGCCGGAGCGUGUCCGGGACCACGCCGAGCAGGUGGCCACCAUGGCACUGGACCUGCUGCACCUGUGCGGAAAGUUCAAGAUCCGGCACAUGGCCAAUGUGCCCCUCAUGCUCAGAAUCGGCCUGCACACCGGUCCUGUGGUGGCUGGAGUGGUUGGCCUGACGAUGCCUCGCUACUGUCUGUUCGGGGACACCGUGAACACCGCCUCUCGGAUGGAGUCGACGGGCCGAGCAUACCGGAUUCAUAUCAGCCGAACCACAGAGAGAAAGCUGAGGCAGGCUGGCGGCUACCAUGUCAAGUACAGGGGCGAGAUUGUGCUCAAGGGGCGGGGUCGUCAGCCAACCUACUGGCUUACUGGCAAGCAAGGGUUCAACAAAGCUCUUCCGUCUCCUCCUCGCGACGACGACAAGGAUACUCUGCAGUAUCACGGAUUGUCAACAUGGCGAGCUUAUACCCUGCGUUUAUCGAGCGCGGACGGUCUCCAUCGCAGUUUCAAAGACGAGGAGAUCUUCAAGUCCAUGGGUCGGAAAAAGGCCGACGAUUUCCUGGACGCUCCGCCCUCCCCGCUGUCCCCAUACGCCAACAAGCUUUGCGACGAGAGCAUGGACUGCCCAGGGGCGUCCACGUCCACUGCCGAGAUCCACAGCGGCUACAACCCGGCUGGCCGAGCGUCCAUCGCGUCUUCGAUCGAACCCUACCUCCCGGAUAACCUCAGUCCGUGCCCGAGCCCCGUCAGUCCGUCCCGGUCCUGGGGCAUGUCUUGUCCUGGCGAAUCCUGGGCAAACAAGACCCGCCAGAGGGCAUCAACCGACGUGACGUCCGCUUCGACGGCCGCUGCGACGGGAGGGGUGCUGCGAAAGAGCAACCGCGUCUCUGACAAGAACUCCGCCCCCGUUGUGCAGCCGUCCUGGUCAGAAGGGAGCGAGAUGUCGGACGUUGAACGCCGCAAAGGAUCGUCAGACCUGGGCGAACUGCGGUCGUGGCCAGCCACCAGGAGUCCUUCGCCGACGCCGCUCUCUCUGCAGCACAGUUGCAGUUCGCUCAAGCAGCUUUCGUCGCCCAGUGACGUGGAAGCCCUCUGA